UCUGAAGGACAGCUAGGGAAGCCAUAGAGUGUUGUACAGAUAGUUAAGAAUGGGGAUUCUUUGCCACUGGAAUUAUUUGUCUCUUUGGUUAUAACUGAUCCUUAUAAAGAGCACAUGGGACCUGAACUAUCCAAGCCUCAGGAUGAUUGCCCUAUUCAGUGACUAGUAUAAAUAGAAAAAUAAAGAUGGCAACUGAGAAUGAAAUAGCUAUUGUGGGGAUAGGAUGCAACUUUCCCGGAGGUGAAGGAAUUGACAAUUUCUGGAAAGUGCUAGAGAAUGGCAGAAACUGCACUACAGAAAUACCUCCAGAAAGAUUUAACAUUAGAGAGUGGUAUGAUCCAGAUGACAACCAACCUGGCAAAAUACAUACAACUCGUGCUGCUCUUCUUAAUGAAUUGAAUGCAUUUGAUAACCAGCUGUUUGGCAUUAACAAUGAGGAAGCAGAGUGUAUGGAUCCUCAGCAAAAGCUACUCAUGGAAUGUACCUACAGAGCACUGGAAGAUGCAGGACUCACUCCUGAAAACAUCAGUGGUACCAAAACUGGGGUUUUUGUUGGUCUUAUGAAUCGAGACUAUGAAUCUAUAAUUAGCAGGGGAGUUGCCAAACUAAAUCAUUACAAUGGCACAGGGACGGCAAUGAGCACAGCAGCUAACCGAAUUUCAUGCCGUUUUAAUUUGACUGGACCAUCACUUGUCAUUGAUACAGCUUGCUCCUCAUUUCUCUCUGCUUUGGACCUUGGCUAUAAAGCCAUUAAACAAGGAGACUGUGACUCUGCUCUUUGUGGAGGAGUGAAUUGCAUCAUAGAACCUUGGAAGUUUGUAUCUCUGAGUAAAGCAAAACAUUUAUCUCCAGAAGGAACCAAUAAACCCUUCUCUAGAAAGGCAGAUGGCUAUGGAAGAGGAGAAGGUUGUGGUGUUCUUAUUUUAAAGCCACUGGUAAAGGCACAGGAAGAAUUCAACAAAAUAUGGGCUGUCAUCAGCAUCACCGCAGUCAACCAGAAUGGAAGAUCUGUCACUCCAGUCACCAGAUCAUCUCAAGCAGCACAAGAAAAAUUAUUAUUAAGCAUUUAUCCAGCACAUGUUGAUCCUUCAGUUGUUCAGUACAUUGAAACACAUAGUAUAGGCAUCCCUACUGAAGAUGCCACUGAGGCAGAGAGCCUAGGCAAUGUCAUUGGUAAAAAGAGGUCUCCUAGUCUGCCCCCUCUCAAGAUUGGCUCAGUUAGAGGGAACAUUGGGCACACAGAGUCAGCUGCUGGGGCAGCCACAUUAAUCAAAGUUCUUCUCAUGAUGCACCAUGGAAAGAUAGUUCCCUCCCUGCACUUUUCAGAGAUCACCAGCAGCAUAAAUACAGAGAAACUGAAUCUCUCCAUCCCAACAGCAGUGGAGAAGUGGGAGGAGUCUAGUGAAUUUGGCAGAGUAGCUGGGAUCAACUGUUUUGGAUUUGGGGGGAACAAUGCUCAUGUGGUUGUCAGACAGUUUAAACAAACCCGGGUCCUUCCUCCAGUCAAAAGGCCUGUUGAAUUAUUUGUAAUCUCUGCAGCGUCAGGAAAUUCUCUCAAACUGGCAAUGAAAGACACAGCUAGGUACCUCAACACAAGUGACUCUGCAACACUCCCAAAUCUGGCCUAUACAUCUGCAUGUAGAAGAAGUCACACAAAUUACAAAUACAGAAAAGCAUUUGUGGCAUCCUCACUCCAGCACUUAGAGCAACAGCUUACUUCAGCAGCUGAAAUGGAAACUGUUCCAUUGAAAAAGCCUCCAUGCUUGGUUUUUGUGUUUUCCAGUAAUGACCUGAAUUUCAAAGGGAUAUGCAGAAUCCUGCUGAAAUCUGAACCAACCUUUAGAGACAAAUGUAUUGAAAUCAAGCAAUUAUUUCAACAGCUCUCACCCAGUAGACUUUUGGAAUUAUCAGAAAGUGAGCACAAUGAUUUGUUGAAGCCUGAAACUGCACAACCCUUACUCUUCACACUGCAGGUGGCCCUGGUUACACUCCUGCAACACUGGGGGAUUAAGCCAAUUGCUGCUGUGGGCCAUUCAGUUGGUGAAGUAGCUGCUGCCCAUUGUGCUGGCUUGAUUUCGCUGGAAGAUGCUGUCAAAGUCAUCUAUCACAGGAGCAGGCUGCAGGCUCAGGUCACUGGAGGCAGAAUGUUGGUGGUUGAUAACAUCCCUGUUCAAGAGGUGUCAGCGGCCCUUGGAAAAUAUUCAGGGAAAGUCUGUGUUGCAGCAUUUAACAGUCCUUUGUCUUGUACGUUAUCAGGAGAUGACGCUUCUAUCAAUGCCAUUCAGAAAGAUCUAGCUGAGCACUUCAGCAAAAGAAAUAUAUUUCUUCAUGCUUUAAAUGUGCCAGCUGCGUAUCACAGUCACAUGAUGGAUCCAGUACUAACAGAGAUGGCAGGAAGUCUGUCGGAAUUAAAUAAAGGGAAGCCAGAAAUUGACCUAAUCUCUACAGCAACAGGGAAGGCUGUUUCAGAUGGUGAUUUUGUUACAGGCAAGUACUGGGCCAGGCAGGCUCGAGAUCCUGUUUGUUUUGCCGAGGCCAUAGUGACAUCAGUAAAAGGCAAAGACAAUAUUGUAUUUGUAGAAAUUGGGCCUCAAAGAGCAUUGCAGAGAUACAUCAUUGACAUAUUAGGGAAGCAAACAAGAGCUUUCCAUUCCUUGCAGAUCGAUAGGGAAUAUGUGACUCUUGUGAAUCUAGUAAGAGAUCUUUUUGAAUUGGGAUUGAAUGUGGAUUGGCAGCAUUUUUAUGAAGGUUAUGAAAGUGUACCAUCAGCCUAUCCCAGAUAUCAGUUUGAUCAUCAGAAACUCAUGUCACAUUGGAGCAUUAACCAGCAAGCAAACCACAGAGGUGCAAACUCAAGUCAUCCUUUAAUUUGCAGUACAAAUAUGGAUAACUCAGAAUUCAUUUGUUCUGUCUCAGAAGCCCUGACACCAUAUUUAUAUGAGAACAAGAACCAGAAUACUGCUUUAAUUCCUGUCACCUGUUUUGUGGAACUUGCUUUGGCAGCUGUGAUGACUAGCUCAAGACCAAAAAUACCCUUAGGUUUUUGUCAAAUGAAUGUAUUUUUUACUGCACCAUGUGUUUUAAAUGAAAAUUUACAUGCUUUGAAGAUAAAAGUUGAGUCACAACAAAGAGUGUCAAAGUUCAGAAUACAAUCUGGCUCAACUAAUAUGGUUUAUGCCUCAGGACAAGUCACAAAGAAUCUUGAAACAUCAAUUGAAGAAAAGAGCAUUUCCUUGAAAGACAUUUUUCAGAGGUGUAGAUCUGUUGUUAGCAAAGAUGAGGUUUAUGAAGCAUUGGCUCAGUUUGGAACCCACUAUGGCGUUACUUUCCGGCAGCUAAGUGAUGUAUAUUAUUGUGAAGACCUGAAAGAAGCUGUAACCAUUAUUAAAGUGAAGGGACAAACAAUAGAAGAAAUGCACGAGUAUCAUAUCCAUCCAGUCCUCUUAGACUGUUUUCUGCAAAUGGUGGGUACUCUAGUUACAGUUACCUCCAAGAGCAAAAUAGCCUUUCCUUCUGGCAUAAGCAGUCUUGUAGUUGCUCGAUCUUUGGAAGAGGAAAUGAUGGUAUAUUUAAAAACAAGCAAGUCCACUGACAAUUUCUUAGAGUUCUGUGGGUGCUUUGCAGAUAAACAUGGCUCUGUUCUGGCAGAACUGAGACAUGUUCAGAUCGCUUUGGUAAAUGAAAGUCCCCGGAAAGGAAAUGAUUAUUUGUUUGAAAAUAAGUGGAAAGAAAUAACUUCUGAUCAAACAAUGCAAAAUCUGCCCAAAGCGCCUAGAGUUGUGGUGUUUGCUGACAAAUUUGGAAUAGCACAGCAGCUCAAGAAUUACUUACAUAGCGAGUCUAGAUUCGUUACAUAUCAGGAAUGGGACAAAUUGCUGGCAGCAAAGAAAACAGAUACCAAUGCACAAAGUAAGAUAAAUUUGGAGCUGCAGGGAUAUAAUGAUGUUCUGUUUAUGUGGGGCAUCCAAAAACUGAAUGAAACUCUGCCAGAAAAAGUGGUUAAAUAUUCAGUAAGAUGCUGUGAAGCAUUUCGCCAAGUUGUUAUUGCAUUACGGGAGAAGAAGCCCCGUUGUUCCAUUACAGUAAUCACUUACAGGACAUCAGAAAGCAAAGUAGACCACAUAAAUACUGGGUUUGGUUUGUAUGGCAUGACUCGAUCAUGUGUGGUUGAAGUCCCUGAAAUCACAUUUCGGAUUAUUGAUAUCAGCUCUACAAAUAAAAUAGACAUCUCAGCCUUAGCAGAUGUUUUAGUAAAAUAUAAAGCACAGGAUUAUCCAGAAGUCUGGAUUGAUGAGGGAAGAAUUUACAGUUCUGAAAUUAGGCGCACACAGAUUGAAGCCACAGCUUUCAAUAUGCCUUCCCAUCCACUUCAGAACUCAGAACUGUGCAUUUUUUACACAGGAGAUCCAUAUUAUGUGAAUGAUCUGUCACUUAAAGUUGCCAACUCAUGUACUCAACUUGGCAUUGGCAACUACAGUGUUGAAGUUCAAAUUGAAAAAAUAAGCAUCCACUCAGAAGACUAUUUUCCUGUUAGUGUGUCCAGCUGCAAGUUUGGGAAAACAUUGUACUGGAAUGAAAAUACAAUAGAUAAACACAAGCUAUUAGCACUAGACUUUACUGGUACUGUAACUGCCACAGGUACUGCCGUGAAAAAGGUAAAAGUGGGAGACCAUAUUGUUUCAUGUUAUCCAGUUUCUGCUGCGUCAAGAAUUACUAUUCCAGAAGCAGUUUGUUUCAAUACUCAAAAAUUUCCAUGCUUUAGAAACAUACCAUGUACUUCAUUCUUCUGGGUAGCAAGGGAGAUUUUGCAACAAACACUGCCAAUGCCAAAACAGAAUGAAAUAUUAGGUAUUAUUUCCACUGAGCCUGAGUCAGUUUUGUGCAAAGUGCUUACUUUUUACGCUCAGGAAUUAGGUUGGAAAAUAAUAGUUACAAACCAUUUGACUGGUCUAUGGCAACGUGUUAAUCAGUGUAACGCCCUUAUUUUUCUACCUCCACUAAAUGAAAUAUUUAAAGAGGGCCUAACCUGUCUUUUCCAUCUCCGAGAUGUUGUACUGGUUUAUGGUAACAAAGAGCCAGAAUGUUUGAGGUAUUUGAUUGGGAAUGACUACGAAAAUAUCCACAUUCACACAAUCAGUCUUAUCCACAUUUUCCAAAAAGCAUAUCUGAUACGAUCCCAGAAGGAGAUCUACUGUUGGCUUAAAUCAGUGAACAUGAAACAAUUAAAACACAUCCCAUAUUCCAUUUUUCAGCAAGCAGGAAAGUCUCAGAGGUCAGAUAAUGCUGCAUCCUAUUUCAACUGCAAGAGUAUACCAGUUGCAAUACUGAAAAACAGUGAGGAGGACAGCAAUAUAUCAGAUAUACCAGUGAUUGAAACAGAUAAGAGAAUGUUUAAGCAGAAUGCAGUUUAUAUAGUCACAGAUGGAUUCACUGGGCUUGGCUUAGAAACUGUAAAAUUUGUAGCCCAGAAUGGAGGAGGUCGCAUUGUAAUACUUUCACAAAGAAACCUGAAUGCUGAGGUGCAAAAAGAAAUAAAUGAUCUCCAGGAUCGUUGUGAAUGGAGCAGAAUAGUCAGCCUGCAAUGUAAUGUUGUUUUCAGUUCUGAGGUUGAGAAAGCUAUCAAGGCUAUCAGUAAAUUUUUCCCAAACUGUCCAAUCAAAGGUGUAUUCCACAGUGCUAUGGUUUUACACGAUGGGCUUCUUGAAACACUCAAUAUGUCUAACUUUGAGGAAGUUUUAAAACCAAAGGUAGCAGGGGCAAUCAGUCUUCAUCGUGCCAUGCAAGGCAGGGAGCUUGACCACUUUGUAUGUUAUUCGUCUGUUUCAUCAUUCCUUGGAAAUGCAACACAGUCAAACUAUGCGGCUGCCAAUUCCUUCCUGGAUCUCUUCUGCCAGUACAGGAGAAACAGCAGCCUUCCAGGACAGUCCAUUAAUUGGGGUGCUUUAAAUCUUGGAGUCUUGCAAGAUCCACAUCACAAUCAAAAUAAUAUGCUACAAAACAAAGGAAUAGAGGAUCUUCAAAUGAAUGACAUUCAUGAAUAUCUAAAAAGAAGCUUAAUUUUGGACAAUCCUCAGCAAGCAGUGGUAAAACUUAAUUUUCAAACUUUAGUUGAACACGUUUUAUCCCAAAAUUUGUCACUGAAGAGUCGUUUUCAUGACCUUGUUUCUCAAGAGAUGGGUAGUAGUCUUGAACUCACUGGUGAAGCUGUAUUCCAUAAUCUCUCUCUCAAUAGACCUGUAGAUUAUGUAAUUACACUUUUGAAAAGCCUGAGUGACAUGCCUGUUGAUCUUUCAAUGCAUACAUCACUUUCAUCAUUGGGCAUAGAUUCUAAAUUAGCCUCUACUCUACAGAAUCGUAUCUUUGUGGAAAGGAGGGUGGAAAUACCGCUUAUGAAACUACUUGAUCCUCAUUCGACUGUGUCAACUUUAAUGCUAUACUUGAAAGAAAAUUCUAACACAAGAGAUUCUCUUGGAGCUGAAGGUACUGAUGCUGGAACCUGGUUGUAGAAAUGUAUUUCCAAGCAUUAUACCAAAUUAAUAAUCAGUAACUGUUGAAUGUUUAGUUUUUUCAUAGCAAGUUCAAUUCAGACCUCAAAACACCUUGAUUACCAUGGCAUUAGUCCCGUUUGGAAAUCUCUCUCUCUCCAGGAAAACUCUGGUCAUGCCUAUUACCCCAGUCCUAUAGAUAAGAUGCAGCAACAGCAUGCAGUAGGUGGCUUGUGGCAGUACAGCUGUAACUGCAUCCUACACUUGACAAGUGGGGCAAGUCCAUAUUGUAUAUAGAAUGUCUUUCUAGUUCUUUACACAACACAUUUCCAUUUAGUUACAGACUUCUGAUUGUGCAACAAGAUUUUAUUUGGGAAAAUAAAUAUGGAAUUCAAUCCUAUACUUGUUUCCUCAUAAGCCUGCACUCUAUUCAAUCAGACUUAUUUGAAGGGAAAUGUGCAUAUGAUUGUAGCCCUCAGUUUCUACCACUAAAUUAUAUAAGUUCAAUGGAUUUCUUUUUAGUGCUAGCUGCUAGGUGAAUUGUGUAUUAUACUUACCAGUACUGAAAAUGUAUUAAGUGUAACUUUAGUAUAAUUAAUAUGAAUGAAGAUUUAUAACUGGGUAUUUAUGUAAAGUAAUUGCA